AGGGCGGCUCGGCCCGAGGCCCGGGGCAACGCCGGGGGCUUCCGGCGGCCAUGGCGGCCGCCGGCGGCGGCUCCGGGAAGCGUGCGGAGGGGGCCGCGGAGGACAAGUUCGUGGACGACCGGAGGCCUGGCGAGGAUGCCGAGUUCAGCGGCAUCAGGCGCGUCAUGCCCAUGCGGCAGGAGGAGUUCCUCUGCGCGCGCUGCGGCCAGACGCUCAACUGGGGCGCGGCCACGGGCCCGGAGCUGGCGUGCGACUGCGGCCACAGGCAGCCCCUCGACAGCGGCAGGCCCCUCUACGAGGACGUGGAGGUGUACCAGCGCAUUGCAGCCCCGUUUUGGAUGAAGGCCGAUGAUGAGGGCUCCGGCGAGAAGAAGCUCUCCGGUGGCCUGGAGCACCCGCUGAUCGACAUGGAGUGCUCGCAGUGCGGCCACCACCAGCUGCACUUCUGGACCCGGCAGCUGCGCUCGGCCGACGAGGGCCAGAGCGUGUUCUUCCUGUGCCCCAAGUGCGGCUACCGCACCGUCGACAAGUGACGCCGGGGCGGUCCCCGCCGGCGAAGCCUGGCUCGAAGCGCUCUCGGCUCCGACCGCCGAGGGCCUGCCUGGGCCACGCGAGCGCGGGGAGGCCAGAAGCAAGCCCUCCUCCGACCGUGGAGGGUCUCUCUGCGUCUUGGCCGUCCUCCCGCCAUCCCUUGCAUCUGGCAGUCUGGCAACAGUCAUGACGCCAGACGGCCCACCGCGUUUGCCACGCGACUGGGAGCGCCCCCGUCGCCGAGCGUGCCGAAGCGUGUGCGGCAGCAUCUCCCGCACGACCUCGGCGGGGCGCGCGUUGCGGACGACGAGAGCAGGAA